AGGUUAUAUAUUGCCAGAACGUCAACAGACAUUUAUUUCAUUUUACUUAACGUUUGUUACGCGACUCGUGUUUAAAGACAUCGGUUCUUCUAAAUUGUAUUUUCUAAAUUCCAUCUAACAUGGCUGAUCAGGUAAUAUUUGUUUAUUAAUUCGAUUAUUAGUUGGUUUUAAAUGAGCACCUAUAAAAAUAUGUGGUUUUUCAAUUUCGUGUUAAACCAAUGUGUUUUGAUAGCACAUGGAUUAUGGAAUACCUUGCCUCCACUUGCUUGAUCUUUCACGUUUUUGUAUCUAUCUAAAGUGUAAUACAAUAUAUUUUGUUUUAACAGACAGAGAAAGCUUUCCAAAAGCAGCCUACCAUAUUUUUGAACCGUAAGGAAUUUAAAAAGAAGAAGCCCCUCCGUCAUUACCGUAGCAUUGGUUUGGGUUUCAAAACGCCCAGAGAGGUCAGUAUUUAUUUGUGUAAAUUGCCAACAUGGUUUACACUUUCAAUUUUGAUACUAUUUUAUAAUUAUUACAAAUUAUCACGCCUGGUGUCGUCCGUGCCAAUUUUUUUUUACAUAUUAUCUUUGUUGAUUUUGAUUGUGUCAGUAUUGAAUAAAAACUAAAUACAUAGUUACUUAUAUACAUAUUUAUAGAAUACACACCAUAGACAUAAUAAGAAUUUGUUCAUGACAACCAAGUGAACUAAUAAUAUUUGUUUUUAAUCCAUAUUACUUCUAAAAAAAAAUUGUUUAAUUCAAAGUAAAAGUACCUAAAAACUGGUUUUUUGGUGUUAUCGAAGAAUUUCAUAGAUGUACUAUGUUAGAAACCUUCAUGGAAGUGUACUUGACAACUUUCCAAAGUUUCAUGGUGAUUGGAUAAAUGGUGUAGUAAUGAUUAAACUUUAAAGGACCAACACAUACAUUCAUUUUUAUAUAUUUAUGUCGUAGGCCAUAUGAAAAGUUAUCCUUUUUGUAAAAAGACUAGGCUCUUUGUAAUGUGGUAGCCCAUUUACAAACUACUUAGUAUUUUUCCAAAUGGUCUGCUGUUUUUCAGGCUUAUUGCAGACUGUCUAAACAGCAGUUAGGUCUUUCAAGAACUACAAUUAUUAUAUACCUAGUAAUUUUAUUGUAAUUUAUUACUUAUACCUACAAAAAAAGAACAAAUUAAUUGUAAAAUGUAAACUGUAUAAGUACCUACUUAUUAUAUUUAUUUAGUAAAGUUGUAAAUUAUAUUAUUGUACAUUUUUAGAUUCGAAAUGUAGCAAGGGAUCUUCUGGUUUUUUUAAAAUUUUUUCUGCCUGAACAACUUUUCUACCAGAAAACUUGCUCCAACUAUAGUACCUUUUCUGAAAGUUAAUUUUCUCUUGUUGGUGCAUUAGUCAAAUUAUGCUAGUUGAAAUUAUUUAAAGUAGUGUCUUCUUACAUGAUAAUAUUAACACGAUGGUCUUAUGAUAAAUGUACUCUGAUUUUUUUACUGUGUUAUUGAGGGGCUACUUCUUAAAUUUUUAUCCUUUAUAUAUAGUAGUCAUUAUACUCAUUGGGCAAUAUAAAUUAAAAGUAUUUUCCUUUUAAAACAUAUUUUAAUACUAUUAACAAUUGAAUUACAAAUGUUGGUCAAUCCUUUAAAUUCAUAAAUAGGUAAUUAUUAUUUACCUUCGGAAAUAACUAGAGGGUAAAUCACUGAUUAAUACUGUGUACAUCAGAUUCUAAAAUACCAUGAUUUUCCUAAUAAUCACAAAGAUUUCCCAUAAGAUUACCAAACAUGUAUACACUGAUUUUCAUUGGUGACACCCUCUGGAAAUAACAGUAAAUAAGGAGAAAUUUAUACAUGAUGGUUUAUAUUAUAAUAAUAUGAUGAUACUAACACGACGGUCUUAUGAGUAUUUUUACUCUGAUUUUAAACUGUGUUGCUGAUUAAUAAAUAUAAUACUAAUUUAAAGUAAAUUAUUAUUUUUAUUUUAUAAAUUUACUAUUUUCAUUACAUUAAUAGAAUUAUUUUAUUGAUUUCAUUACCUGCUUAUCUAUAAAUAAAUUAAUAAUAUACAUUUUCUACAUGAAUUACAAUAUUUAAAAAUAACUAAACAAAUUUAUACAACUUGUAUUUUAUUGAGUGUAUUGUAAUAAAAUUUAUGUGUAUUAGAUUUUGUGUAUGGAAUUCUUUGGAUUUUAUAGAUUUGCGAUCAUUUAAGCUCUUUUAUUAAGCUUAAGUUAAAACCAUUUUAUAAUAUGGAUCGUCUAUUUGAAAUUUAUAUUCAAAUUGGACAAUAAUUUCGUCCGAAACUGUUUUCUGAGAUUUAUUGCCUUUAAAUUCAAUAUAACUUAUUAAUAAUCAUGAUUAUACACAAGCCUGGUCCUUUCUAAAUAUUCCUACUCUUGCUUCUAAGUUUCUAUCAAGCGGAUAUUUUCUUUAUAAAUUAUACAAUAAUAAAAUUGAUGCUCCCGAUUUAUUAAUUAGUACCCCUUUUAACAUUUUAGGUAACAAUAAUUGCCCAACCUCUUUGUUUAAUACACCAACACGCACACUACAAAUUAUCUGAAAUGCUCCCUUAUUCUGAGUGUUAUGGUUUUAUACAAUGAACUUCAACAGAUGCAGAUUUUUUUCACUUUUUACUUUAUGUAAUACAAAUCUUAACAAAUAUUGAUAUGUGAUCCUGGGAUUAUCCAGUACAAAAUUACUUAAUUUUAGUUGAGUUUUAUUAUCUUAAUAUAUUAUAAUCUCCAAGUUUUCUCAUCUGUGUACUAUUAGGCUUCUGCUUGUUUUGUUCUUCUUUUUGAAUAAAUUGUUAUUAUGAUGAUCUUAACACGACGGUCUUAUGAACAUGUUUUAUUUGAUUUAAACUGUGUUGCUGACUAAGAUUUAUACAUAUAAUUUCUGUUCUUUAUAUCUAAAAUAUAUCAUUAAGUUAUUUAAAUGUACUUACUUGGAUUAAUUCAUCUUUUUCAUUACCUUAAUAGAACUUUUUCAAAUUUACUUCAAAUUACUUUUUGAAAAAUAAGAAUGAACAAAAUUAUGUAGGUUAUUAUUGGAUUGUAAAGUAAAUUAUUGAUCAUUUUGAUUAUUAUAAAACAAAUUAUUAAUAAUAAUAAAACAAGGAUAUAAUAUAUAGUGUUAUAGUAUCUAGCACUAUAGUAUAUAUAUAUAUUAAUAUUAUUGACUUAACUGCUAAUCCCAUUAAUUCAAAAUUUACAAUGUAGGUAAAUUGUAAUAAAAUAGAAUUCUUUUUUUUUUUUUUUUUUUUUUACUAAUUUAUUAAACUUUCAUAAUAAUCGUUGAUUAUCAGAGAUCUGUGAUUUAAAUAACACGACGAUAACAACACGACGGUCUUAUGAGUAAUUUUUACUUGGAUUUAAAUUGUGUUUCUGAUUAAUAAACAUGGCUUUGAUUUUUUUUUUAUCUUAAAUAAAGUAUAUAGAUUUAUCUUAUUUUUGAAUUGUCUAAAUAUAUCUAUUUGUUUAGUUUCACCUACAAUUAAAUGUAUAGUAUAAACUAUUGUUAAAAAUUUUAUUAUAAUAAGGAAGAUAACAUUAUGAAUAAUAUGAUGAUAUUAACACGACGGUCUUAUGAAUAUGUUAUUUGAUUUUAAAUUGUGUUUCUGAUUGUUCUGUUUUUAGUCUUUUAUACAUAUUUAAAUAAAACAAUUGGUUCAAUGUACAGAAUGAGUUUAUGAUGAUAAUAACACGACGGUCUUAUGAGUAAUUUUUACUUUGAUUUUAAAUAGUGUUAUCUGAUCAAAAUUGUGUGUACUAUUACUCAAAUUGAUUGUGAUGUAAAAUUUCAAAAAAUUUAUCUUUUAAGAUAUUAUCAUGUUCUAAUUUCUUUAUCAACAAUAUUUUUACUUUGUAAAUUUAUGUCUACUUCAAUGCUUUUAGUUUAUAUUUUAUGAUACACAAAUUGUAAGAAAUUAGGUACAUAAUAGUGCUUAUUAAUAUAGGUAGUUGUAAUAAUGUUAAAAUUAUUAAAUUAAGUUUAGCAAUGUUUAGCAAUCUGGUUGUGUAAUUAUUUGGUAUUAUUUAUACAUUGAAAAUAGGUACCUAUUAGGUAUAAAAUACCUAUUUUUUUACUAUUACUUAUUAUUUAUAAACAAUUGAACAAAUGUUACCAAUAACAUGCUAAAUUUUAUAUUUUUUAUUUUGAAUUAUUGUGUAUAAUACAUAUUUAUGAACAAACUAGUUAAAAAGUUAAUUUGUUUCACUUUCACAAAUAGUUAUGUUAAGGAAAAUGAAAUGUAACAAACAAACUAGUAGAAUACUAUGCAUUCUUAAUUUAGUGAUAAGCUGUAAGUGAUAAUUAUAAUGAUUGUAUGAUAUCAUAGUAGUCGCCCAUCUUGCAGCUGUUUAGAUUUUCUGUUCUAGACAUUUAAGUGUUUCUAACAUAUAUCAGAUUGAUCAUGUCCUUAACUGUAUGGUAUCCUUAGUAUACCUGAUGUUCGGUAAUAUACAUUUGAAUUUGUACCAAAACUAAUCUUUUUAAACUAAGUAAAUUUUUAAAAAAACAUCAAAUCCUAAAAUAAUGAAACAAAGCUAUUUUUUUCUAAUCAGACAAAACUAUAGAAUUAGGGGAAACUGUUGAUAACCCCCAUUGGUAUUGUUUCUAAUAAUUAUUUACAUCUUAACCAGCUUAUGAUAUAAUGUAUAGGUACAUAUGACAUAUACACUGGAAUUUAAUUUUAGAUGAGUUUUAAUCCUUGUCUAUUGAAUUAAAUAUGUAAAAAAAAAAUUUUUUAUUUCAAUCUGGUUAAAAGUUUGUGAGACACAAGUAGAAAAAAAUAAUUUUUCUAGAAAAUUUGCAUGGAAACAAUUAAGAAAAAAUUCAAUAACAGUUAAGGAAUUACCGUAUUAAUUGUAAUUUCUUAUCGCGUAACGUAUUAUUCUAUUGAAAACUAAAUGUUUUCGCACUAAUGUUUUAGAAAUUAAAACUGUUAUUAAUCUGAAACUAUUGAUGAGAGACACCAAUGUGUGGUACAUUACAAUUUUAAGAAUAAUAUUUUUUACAAAAAAUAGUUAUUUUUUGAUAAUUAAGGGAUGAAAAAAAUAAUGAUAAAUAACUUUCUUAUAAUAACAUAGGACACCCUGUGUAUAAUUAUGUAACGCUAAUUCUUACUAGCUGUUCAGUUAUUUAUUGUAAUGUUUUAUACCACAUAUUUCUGCCUGUUUUGUAAACAGUGUUUUUUUUUUUUUCUGUAAAUAAAUAAAUAAAUAAAUAAAUAAUAAUUGCGAUUAUUAUUUUUUAGGCCAUUGAUGGAACUUACAUUGACAAGAAAUGUCCAUUCACUGGCAACGUUUCUAUCCGAGGACGUAUUUUGACAGGUAUGGUACGGAAGAUGAAGAUGCAAAGGACCAUUGUGAUCAGGAGGGAUUAUUUGCACUACAUCAGUAAAUACAAUCGUUUUGAGAAGCGUCACAAAAAUAUAUCUGUUCACCUAUCACCAUGUUUCCGGUAUAAUAUGAUUUUAUUGUUAUUAGUGUAAUUUUAUAGUUUCACAUUUUGUUUGUUUGUAGUGAUGUGGAAAUUGGAGAUAUUGUUACAAUUGGUGAAUGUAGACCUCUCAGUAAAACUGUUCGGUUUAAUGUAUUGAAGGUGACCAAGGGAACAGGAGCUAAGAAAGGGUUCAAAAAAUUCUAAGAUUUUAAUGUAAUAAAUAUAUUAUAAUUUUUACAAUAAAUUCUUGAUAUCCUAAUUAUUAUUAC